AACCCAAGUUGGAAAAAUAAAAUAAAUAUCCAAUCCAAACAAAACAAAACAAUAUAAACAAUGUUCAUCCAAUCAUCUUCUCUUGGUGUGCAUCCAUUUUCAUCAUCAUAUCAUAUCAUAUCAACCCACCAAACUUAUAAUUAAUUUUAUUUUUCUUCUCUCUCUUAUUAUUAGUUACUAUUUCUUACUUUAUUUCUCUGAGUUUGUUAUAUUUGUUGGUUGCUCACUCUAAGAAACUCAGCUUUUGUCUGGUUGGAAAUGGGCAGAAAGUGCUCACAUUGCGGGAACAUCGGCCAUAAUUCAAGAACUUGCACCAACUAUAGAGGAGCUAGCUCCACCAUUGUUGGUGGUGGAGUUAAGCUUUUUGGAGUGCAACUUGUUGACCUUUCUAGUAAUAAUAAUUCUUCUUCUUCGACUUCUUUAAUGAAAAAAAGUUUUAGCAUGGAUUGUCUCUGCCUGUCUUCUUCUCCGUCUCCGUCUCCGUCGCCUUCUUCUUCUUCUGCUUUAGGUUCUUCUCGAGUUUAUAUUGAUGAUAGUAGUAAUCCUUAUGCUACUUCUACCGGCUAUCUUUCCGACGGCCUCGUCGCCCGAGCUCAAGAAAGAAAGAAGGGAGUCCCAUGGACAGAAGAGGAACAUCGGACAUUUUUAAUAGGGCUAGAGAAGCUAGGAAAAGGAGAUUGGAGAGGCAUUUCAAGAAACUAUGUAACUACAAGAACUCCAACACAAGUUGCCAGUCAUGCUCAAAAAUAUUUCCUUCGAUUUUCUACUCUUAACAAGAAGAAGAAGCGCCGUUCUAGCCUUUUUGACAUGGUUGGAAAUAGCAGCAGAACAAGCCAUGAAGUUGCUGAUAAUUCUAACCUAAUAAGUGAUCAUCAUCAUCAUCAUCAUCUUGUUCCUAAUUCUAAGCCAAUUAUUUCAUCUUCUUCAUCUUUAAAUGAUGAUAUUAAUGGUGAUGAUGAUCUGAAACUCACUCUUUCAAUAAGUCCAGAUUCUUCUUUGGAAGAGAAUAAACAAUCCUCAAAUUCUUUUCUUAUAUCUAUUAGGGCUACUAGCUAAUUAAUUUAUUCACUAAUUUAUAUCCAUCUAGAUCAUUAAAUCCAACAUCUGUCAGACCAAUAAUAUUUUUGAUACUAAUUCAAUCUCUGAUACAUAUUUAUAAAUAAAAUAUACAAUGUCAUUGUUGUUAGUAUUAUUUA